CGUUAAAUGAAAGUAUCGAAGAAAGCAAUAAGUAUAAAAGCAACGCUGUAGGUCUCAUAGAAAUCAUUUCCUUGCAAACUUUCAUCUAGACUGCAACGAUAAAAACGAAAAAAAUGGCAAGUUUAGUGAUAAGAGCAGCUCUUGCUGCUAUGCUUAUUAUCGUUGUUACUGGGGAAUCGUUUGAAUUGCACGUAAAUCCGUACUCUCUCGCAAAAGAAUCUGAAGGUCAUCUCCUAAAUCUUCAAAAUCUUGAACACCACGGCUUUCAAGAAAUUAAAUCUGAGCGUCUCCGUCGUGAAGCUGAUCCUGAACCUUCCAGACCCAGACCACAACAGGUUCCUCCACGGCCUCCUCACCCGAGACUCCGUCGYGAAGCUGAUCCWGAACCUUCCAGACCMAGACCACAACAGGUUCCUCCACGGCCUCCUCACCCGAGACUUCGUUGAGAAGCUUAUUCACAAAACCAAUA